AUGGCCGUUGAACCUAAGCAUGCCGAUACAGACAAGAACGACGGAGACGAAACAAAACGUAGCAGCCACGGAUUAUCGCCCCUUGAGAGUUCUGAGCAACCGGCGGGUUUACUUACACCUCCACAAGAUAGCGCGCCAACCAGUCCGUUGCAAGCAAGUUCCCCUCCGCAGAUUGAAAUAAGUCGCUGGAUUGAAGAAAUGUACUACAGGGUGGGAUUCGGUAAUGAUAGUAACCCAGGAUUUGUUGGCUGGAAGAAGUUCCUCGCUGAACUCCUAGCUAUGAAGCCCGCUGUCGAACAUGCGCAAGUAAAGUCGGAGUUGACUUGGCUUCGCAAACCUGGCCAUGCCGAGAGUUUACCUCGUCCACAGGAAGUAGAUCAGGCAAGGGCCAAAGCUCGCAAGCAAAACCGGGCCGUACAGAUACAACAGCGCGACCCACCACGGACCUCCGCGCCGCAACUUCCGAGCGCACGGGCCGUCUCAUCAUCAAUCUCUACCUCGCACGCGCAAACACCGCAAGAUAUUGGACCGUCUUCUCCUGUGUCUUCGGUUAUAUAUACUUCCACGGUACCGCAGACAUCUGAUCCAGACAUCCCUGCUUCACAGCCUGUCGGAGAAGCGUCCGUACCUUCCCCACCAUUGGGACUUGGAAAAUCAACGCCGCCUGCGCAACCUUUGGCCCCACAACAAUCAAGUUCGCAACCAUCAGAUACACCAUCAUCACCGAAAGUAUCGUUGGUAGCAAUAUCAGAAGCAGAAUGCCCAUCGGACGAUCAUUCUGAGCAGCCAGCAGCGACUGAGAACAGCGUUGGAUCCCGAAGUGCGCAGUUUCAAGCCGCACUUUUCAAUUUCAGCUCUGAACAGAAGGCUCUAAGAGAGAAUGUUUUCAGCUUCGUUCAGCCAACCACGUUUGGAACGAUUGACAAAAGCAGCAAUGCACCCCCAUUAGUCUUUGGGGCGACUCUCCUGCCAUUUUCAGGCGAAAGCAAGAGAAAGGAUACGAAGCUGGCUGACGGUACUGCGAGCGUCGAGUUGCAGUCCAUUGGGUGGGAAAAGAGUCUUCAAAAACUAUCUGGUGAAAGCAGUAAUGUUGGCAGAUUAACCUUCCCAGCAAACAAUGCUCAACAUAACCCCACCGGCAAGAGCGAAUCCACACAGUGCACGAUUCAUGCUCCUUCAUCAUCGAAAACAUUCCGAGAUGAAAUACAGGUACAUUAUGAUCAAUUUGCACGAGCCGCGUUGAAGCUGACAGCACCCACUGCUACGCUCUACAAGGCGCCGUCUGGUAAAGAGCCUGUUACUGCCAGCACAUCCGUUGCUGGGCCUAGCGCUCCUGUUCGUACCAACGGUCAGAGUCUGCCCACUACUGCUAGCACAUCUGCUUCUGCGUCUAUUCCUAUCCGUGUCAACGGUCCUAUUCAACCUGUCCGUGCUAGCGUAUCUGCUUCUCGGCCUAGCACUUCCAGCCUCACCAACAGUCGUAGCCAGCCAGCUAUUGCUAGCACAUCUGCGCCUACUAAUUCCAUCCGAGCCAACGAUCAUAGCCAGCCUGAUACGCAGGAGAGGUCUACCGCAUCCGUUCAGCCCACAAUUAUUAGGAACCCAUCCAAUUUCAACCGCUUCAGCUUGCUCUUGAAAAAGGGUCGAAAUGGCGGAAAGGCUAAUAUCAUCCAGCGUGAUAUUCGACAAGGACCCUUACUUUCCGGUGAGAUCGUCGAAAAAUUCUCCAAAACCCUUGUCCCUCAAUACGGUCUUCUGGGAAGUCUCGCAGGGGAGGAUGUGUCGUCGCCGAGCUCACAAAUCUUCUCCAAUCCUAGCACUCCGUUUUCAGCAUUUAUCUGUGGUGUUCAGGGCAGCGGGAAGAGCCAUACAACAGCCUGCUUGCUCGAAAAUUCGAUGAUCUGCUCCGACAACAUUGGUCGGCUUCGCGGUUCGGUCUCUAGUCUCGUUUUCAGCUAUGGCAGUAGCGAUGGCAACAACAUCAGUGAAGUUGCAUAUCUGGGUGCAUCAAAACCUGGCUUCGACAACCAUCAUGCAAAAAAGGUUACAGUACUGGUUUCGCCUUCCAACAAAGCAAUUGGAAAGCGCUAUGAAGAGUUGCCUAAUGUGAGGGCGAUACCGUUCUAUCUCAAUGCCAAGACCCUUACUAUCCAUGCUAUGACGAUGCUCAUGGCGUUUGAUGAGAAGGCGGUAAAACCGAUUGACAAUGCGCCACUCAACUACCACGAUUUCAAAAAUAGAAUAAAGAACGAGGGUCUCGAUCCCAAACAGAAGAAGACGCUUGACAACCGUCUGAAAGUCCUUGAAACAUUCCUGGAUCUCAAUGGUAGAUUUCCACAACCGCAAUACGCGCCCGGCGAGAUCACUAUCAUGGACUUAUCCGACAAUCAGCUUUCAUCAACCACCGCCUGUAUUCUCUUCAAGCUUGGGUUGGAAAACUUUCUCAAGUCAUCCGCCACUGGGAAAAUGGUGGUGCUGGACGAAGCACACAAGUACAUGGGCGAUACUCCAGGCGCCAAACUAUUCAGCGAUGGCCUCGGACGAGCUAUUCGCGAGAUGCGACACGAAGGUCUCCGCGUCAUCAUAUCAACACAAGAGCCCACGGUGGCGAACGAACUCAUCGCUCUUUGUUCAGUCACUAUCAUCCAUCGCUUUAGCAGCCCUACCUGGUACUCUGCACUCAAGAAGCAUAUCAACGCGUUGGACGAGGAGCAAAACAUCAUGCAUCAGAUUGAAGAGCUGAGUACUGGUGAGGCGUUGGUGUAUGCGCCGACCGCUGUGCUUAAAGAGAACGAUGAUGGCAGCUUGGUUAAGGCGACAGGUCGGUUUUUGAAGAUUGAUGUUCGUGAUAGGGUCACGGAAGAUGGUGGCGAAUCCCGCUUGGCUGCUUGA